GCUGGUGCAGUAACCUCCAUAGCGCCCCCUGCAUGUGUGGAGUACCCUGCAGACUGGAGUCUGAAGACGCGUCUCCUUUUCACCUCCCUGCUCCCCUUCUCCUGGGCUGUACAGCCCAGAGCUACAGAGGAGGCCCAGGGUCUUACCCAGCACUGGUAGAGGACAAUACACUACUGUACCACAGAGUAUACAGGUAGUGUUAUACAUGUUACACACACAGACACACCAAUGACAACCCCAAGGCAAAGGAGUACUGGUACCUGAGGAGCUUUACUAGCAACACAAAUAUAUUGUACUCAGUCUGUCUCUCACACUCUGAUACUCACUUCUCUGUGUUCCUCUAGGACCCUCGGACACUGC